GAUAAGGUAGUCAAUGAGCUGUACAAGUCGCCGACAAAGCCAGUCUCAGAUUAACUCAAUGAAAAGGACUGACACUGUUAUACUUUAUUUCUACAUUUUCUUUUUCUUUUUUCUUCUUAGGGUGCUGGUCAUUAAAUCGAGACUUGAGACCCAAGAAAUACACAUCUCUCAUGAAUCAUGACGUUUCAAUUUCAUUGAUUAGGUGGGUCUGCUGCUUCGCUUCACUAACAUUGUAAGGCAAAACCCAACAAAAGAGUUGUGUUUUCUAAACAAUUGCCACAGUUGGAUUUGCUAGUGUUUAUCACCCUAAAUUUAAUCUUGAUAUUUUUUAUUAUGAAAAAAAUAAAUUUAUCUUAAAAGAAAAAAAAAGAAUGUUUUGCUUGUGCGAAUAAGAAAAAUAGGAUAGCACAGUAUUUAUGUGCAACAAUAAGUAAACUUAUCAUCAGUCAGCCACUUGUGCAUCUUGCGUUUCCAAGGCUCAUAGAAAGAGCAUUGACCAAGAGAGAUUUUGUAUAAUAUAUAAUUUUUAAACGUCAAGAGUUUAUUUUGCAGUUUGCAAGAAAGAAGAGAAGGAUUGCUCAUCAUUUUAAGAGGUAUACCUAAACAAGCAAGAGAAGGUGAAAAAGAAGAAGAUGGGUAGAGCUCCUUGUUGUGAUAAAGAUGGUGUAAAGAAAGGGGCUUGGAGUGCUGAAGAAGACAGAAUCUUGAUUCAAUACAUCCAAAAUCAUGGUCAUGGUAAUUGGCGUUCCCUCCCCAAGAAUGCAGGAGCAAUAGCAGAACGAAAGUUGAGCCUUUUAGCCGUUCUUGAUGUUUCAACAUAUCAAAUGAGCAUGUUGUUGUGCGUUACUUUCUUCUUCUAUUUCAGCCUUCUUCGAUGUGGAAAGAGCUGUAGGCUUCGGUGGACAAACUAUCUUCGCCCUGACAUUAAACGAGGUCCCUUUGCUCCUGAAGAAGAAGCUACUAUUAUUCAACUUCACGGCAUGCUUGGUAACAAGUGGGCAGCCAUAGCAUCCAAAUUACCGGGAAGAACGGACAAUGAGAUUAAGAACUUUUGGAACACACAUCUGAAGAAGCGUUUAAAUUUGAAGCUUCGACAGUCUUGCUCACCUUCUCAACCCAUCAAUGUAAAAUGUGAGUCUUCAACGACUCGGCACAUGGUUCAAUGGGAGAGUGCCAGGGUUGAGGCCGAGGCCCGUCUAUCUAUGGAGUCAUUGUUAGUCAACUCAUCAUCAUCAGUUAAAAUCGAAAAUGACUACUUUCUUCAGUUAUGGAAAUCUGAAGUUGGAGAAUCAUUUCGCAAUCUAAAGCAAAAAGAUGGAGAAGCAUCUGAAAGUCCUAUCUCGCAGAAUUCUUCAUUGACAAAAAACGGGUCUGGUUCGGUUGACAAUGAGAAAAAGGUUCAAAUGACGUCCACUAAAACAAGUACCUCAAAUGACACCUCUCACGAACAAGAAGACUACAAACCAAAUAUAGCUAUCAUGACUUAUUCAGAUUCCAUCAACUCUAAUGAAUUUACUGAUUCUUCCGAUACAGCAUUGAAGCUGCUGUUGGAUGUUCCAGGUGGCAACGAUAUGGAAUUCUUAGAAGGGCAGACUGAAAGUUUUUCCAGCUUCCUCAAUCUUAAAUGCGACUGAAACUGUUUUCCUCAAGCCUUGUGAUGUAGUAAUGUUAGAGGAGCAAUAUUUAGAGCAGCUGCUGAUUUUGGCUGCCUUUAACCUAGUUUUUUGUUUUCUUUUUUCCGUGCUCUGCUUGCUUUAUGAGAAGAUAGAGGCAACCAGGACAAAAUCGGGAUGCUGCAAUCCAGUAACAGGUUACUACCAGGUUCCAAGCUUUCUUUUCUUUGCCGCCUUCUCUGGAGAGUCGAGUAGGAAACAAAUGUAGGGUAAAAGAUGGGGUUGUUAGGUCGCAGUUGAUCAAAGAUCAUGCAAGAUGUUUUUGUCCAUUUUGUUACAGUGCAACUGAUCCUAAGGUACUCAGUGCUGCUCAUGUACAUAUGAUACCUAAUGGCUAUACAGUUCCAUUUCUAGAUUAGUGGUUUUCCUUUGAGAAAUAUAUUUGAAUCUUUAAGAGGAUAUUGCGGUAUCUCGUUGAUGGAUUUCUAUACAGAAUGUGUUGUAUUAUAUGU